AUGGUCGACAUACAUAUCCGAUUAGAUAUGGUGUACCCUGAGACGCACGGAUGUCGUGUGCAUCAGCUUGCUGGGGAGAGAUGGCUGAAUGGUGAGAUCACAAAUUUAACAGAGGAACAUGGUUCGAACCCGACACCCGCAUUUCAUCUUCCCCCGUCUAGGCGUGGGCAACUUGGCAGUAUCCUAGCCCACGUGCUUCCUUCCGGUGAAGUGACAGCUAGGCACCAAAAGGCUGGGGAGAGAUGGCUGAAUGGUGAGAUCACAAAUUUAACAGAGGAACAUGGUUCGAACCCGACACCCGCAUUUCAUCUUCCCCCGUCUAGGCGUGGGCAACUUGGCAGUAUCCUAGCCCACGUGCUUCCUUCCGGUGAACUUUUGCAUUUUUGUCAACUGUCCCCUUGCAAAAAUAACGUCAACAGUUCGGCUGCUUCACCCCUUCGGCUCCUUACUGCUACGUCGCCCGAAGGAUGCACGAGGGCUGGGAUAGUGCCAAGUUUCCCAAGCCUAGACAGGGGAAGUAUAGAGCAGAGUUUGGGUUCAAAUCACGGACCUUCUGGUCGUAAUUGCGGACAACUUGUUUUACUUUCUGCGGACGACUUAAAAUCUUGGAGUUCCAAUGCUAGUGCCCCCCAAAUGGAUGUAGACGCUGCCAAGCAGUGGUCGUUGGACUGA